GAUGUAGAACCGACGGAGUAUAUGGUCGAUCUCACGGACUACCGAACAGAGUUUCCACAAAGCUUAAAGGAAAUUUGGUUGCAGACAACUAAAAAUAUACAGGAAGCGCAAGCAGCAGCCAAAGCCUACUACGACAAACGUUGGAAUACCAAAACGAGCCAGUUCAAGAUGGGUGGGAGAGUAAUAGUGUCAGCUCCAACGGAGGCGAGAAGAUGCUUACAUCCGAACCUCGCACCGAGGUUUAACGGUCCGUGUCGAAUUCUGGAGUUGUCCAAUAGUAGUGCACUGGUGAAGCAGGUUUAUGGGCAAGAAGAGGCGAUAUGA